AUGGAAGUCACACGGUCAUCACUGUGGGCCCUGCUCGCGUUUGCCGUCUUCCUGCGACCAGCCAGAAGUCAGUCUUCCAAGCCAAACAUCGUUUUCAUCUUGGCUGACGAUUUGGGAUGGAACGACUUGAGUUUUCACGGUUCCGACGAGAUACCGACACCUAACAUUGAUGCACUGGCAUUCAACGGUAUUGUGCUGAACAAUUUAUACACUCAACCGGUUUGCACGCCGUCUCGGGUGGCUCUAAUGACUGGAAAGUAUCCCAUUAAAUUAGGUAUGCAAGGUCCUCCGACUUAUGGUGCCGAACCGAACGGUUUGCCACUAUCCGAGAAACUGUUACCGGAAUACCUCAGAGAAUUGGGGUAUACGACUCGAGCUAUUGGCAAAUGGCACUUGGGUUUCUACAAACAAGCCUAUACACCCACACGACGAGGUUUCGACUCGCACUUUGGCUAUUACACCGGAUACGUCAGUUACUACGACUACAUACUUCAAGAUGUCUACCAAAAUUUCGGCGAAUUCCAAGGGUUUGACAUGCGACGAAAUGACACGAUCGCAUGGGAUGUGGUCGGCAAGUAUGCCACGGACGUGUUCACCGACGAGGCAGUGCGAUUGAUCAAAGAACAGCCGGCCAACCGACCACUGUUCAUGUAUCUAGCACAUGUGGCCGUCCACACGGGUAACAGGGGUAAGUAUUUGGAGGCACCGCAGUCUGAAGUCAACAAGUUUAAUCACAUUUUGGACCCAAACCGCCGAAUUUACGCAGCGAUGGUAUCGAAACUAGACGAGUCUGUGGGUCGAGUAGUGGAGGCGCUAACAGAAAAGAACAUGCUGCAGAACACUAUAAUCGUGUUCAUGUCAGAUAACGGAUCGCCGUCGUUCGAUAGUUCCGGUCGGAAUUUCAGACCCGAAGCCGGUGUAACAGCCAACUGGGGUUCCAAUUUCCCGUACAGAGGUAUAAAGAACACGUUGUGGGAAGGUGGCGUUAAGAGCGCGUCAUUUAUCUGGGCUCCAUAUUUCCAGGAAAAUCCUCGAGUUUCCAAACAGCUCAUGCACAUUACUGAUUGGCUGCCGACGUUAUAUUCAGCUGCAGGUGGAAAUCCAGGAUUUUUACCGAAAAAUCUGGAUGGAAUCGACCAAUGGACAUCUCUUACAUUAAAUUUACCAUCUCAACGUAAUUUCGUUCUACUCAAUAUAGACGAAAAACAGCGUUAUGCAGGUAUUCUCAAAGACAACUGGAAAUUAAUCGUCGGUUCGACAGCGAACGGGACACUGGACGGAUUCUUCGGGGCGACCAGACCGCGGACACCGUAUAACGCAACCGCGGUUCUGUUCAGCCCUGCCGGUCGGGCACUCGCCAAGCUGUCGGACUCGCUUCCCUUCGCCACCGCCGGCUUCGGACCAAUGAGCGGCGUCCGCGAACUGUUGGCCAUGAGGUACGAGUCGACAGUCCGGUGCAACCCUUCGGCGGCGGGGCCUCGUACCCAGUCACCAUGUCCGGCUGGCGAGGCGUGCCUGUUCGACCUGGUGGCCGACCCUUGCGAGACCAACAACGUGGCCAAGAAGUACGUGGCCGUCAGCGGGCAGCUGUACGAGGCCCUCAAGUACUACAGGCGGCUGCUAGUGCCGCAGACCAACCGGCCGUUCGACCCGGCCGCCAACCCAGCCCGGUUCAACAACACGUGGUCCAGUUGGAUGUACUGA